GGCUCGCUGCUGAUCUACGACGGGCUGUCCGUGCACGCCACCGUGAGCGACGUGGCGGGCGUGAAGUUCGCGGACGCCUCCGACAGCCUCCUGAACCCUGCCAACGUCAUCCUCGCGCAGAUUCUCGCCAAGGGCUUUCGGGCGGGGGUCGACGGAUGGGGCGCUCCCUGGGGCCGGUGGUGGGCCGGCUGAGCGUGCACGGGCAGUGGCACGGCUUCGCGCUGCUGGCGCUCGGGCUGCUACUGAUCUCGGAGCUGCUGACGACCUUCGUCCUCGAGAAGGAGGGCGCUCCCGCUCCAGCUCGCCAGGUGGGGCUGGAGAUGGCGACUAUUAGCCAGCGUCACGGAGAUCCCCUUCUGACUCAGGUCGAACCGUCGAGCCCGUCGAGCCCCGACUCGGCCAGCCUCCCGGCAGAGGCCGUCGAGGUGAGGAGACGCAGCGUCGAGCUUGUUCGGAGGUCGCAGCUGAGCAUAACGUCUGUGGAGAACUUAUCCACAUCGUCGUGGGAGAGUUUCCGCACUUCCGAGGCCUGCUUGGACUUCGCGCGGCUGAAGCACGGCGACUCAGAGAAGCUGAUGCAGGCAUCCCGCGCGCUUGCCAUGACAGUGGCAAACCAUCCUCAAGUGGGGCUUUGGCUGGCAACAGCCCCCCAGGAUGUGUGCAUCAUCGCUCCAGCUUACAGGAUGGUGCCAACAGCGGGAGCUUUCAUGGCCAUCGAGGUCCACAAGGAGCUCUGCUCGAUGGGAGGCGGGAAGCCAGUGAGGAUCUUCCAAAUGAAGCGACGUAGUAUUACAAACGGUGAUUUUGCUACUAUGGACAUGAAGAGUCGGAAGGCACAGCUAGCCAACCAGUUCUACUUGGACGAUUCCGAUGCGUCUGAAGUGGAAGGGAAGUAUUGCCUUGUCAUUGACGACGCGAUCAUGUAUGGCACUCAUGCCCAGGUGGCCAUCCACACGCUGGAAAACUAUGGUGUCGCCAAGGACGCCAUCAUCUCCUUCUGCUACAUUGCCGCCACUCCCGAUCUACUUCUUUCCAAUCCAACUGUAGAGCACGACCUCAACGUGGCAUUCACACCUACACUGGAUGCACUGCAGGGAAUAUUCGGGCAGGCUCAGCUCACCUUGACAUUGCGCUUGGUCAAGCUUCUCUUGAAUUUGCCAGCGGAGACACUGAGCGCGUUGAUUGACUGGAUGGCUGUUGCGCGGCCAGAUGUCUUGAAGGUGAUAAGCAAGGCAAUUAAGGAUGAGGGUCUGAAGGAGACCGAGCUAUUGCACUCCAGAACGGGUUCGAGUCAUGCAAAGGUUGCGGCUGCAUCAACGAAGAACGUGGUCGAGCCAACUCCUGGACCGCUGGCGCCGGCGGUGCUGGUGCGGCAUGGCCAAUCCGUUGCCAACGUCGCCAAGGAGUCCAAUGUCUACGAGUACCUGUACAGGAAAUUCGCAGAUCCCUCUCUGGUCGAUGUCAGGCUGACUCCGCGCGGCGAGGAAGAUGCGCGCCGUGUCGGUGCGGAGCUUUUUGGAGAGGGCGGUGUGGCCCCAUCCGACAUCGGUUUGGUCGUAUUGUCGCCUCUCUCGCGAGCCUUGCAGACGGCCUUGCUAGCACUUCAGGCAGCUGGCGUGACGCUGACGGAGCAGUGCCGUGUGGUUGCGCACCCGUUCGCGGCGGAGCGCUUCUUCGAGCCGGACAUAGCCGAGAACUUGCUGGCAUCAGAGGUGUUACCAGGCAAGAUUGCAGAGGUGGGCGGUCGCGGUGUGGAUUUCAGCCUCUGCCGCGAGUGGGCCGUUAAGGCCCGAUUCGAAGCCAAGCCCAGGCGGCCCGUGCGGACAUCGGAGGCCGAGACGGCACAGAACGUAUCCGCGCUGCGGGACUUCGUCUCGUCCUCCACUCCGGCCGGCACUGUGGCCCUCGUCUUCUGCCACUGGGGCGUCAUCAAGGCGCUGUCGGGCCAGGAGGUCGACCCUGGUGCGGCUUUGAGGACAGAGGACUGGCGGGAUUGGCGUCCCGCGGUCGCGAAGCGAUAGGCUGGCGCCCGACUGGGGUUAGCGACACCCACGUGAUGGUGACAUUGAGCCCCCUCCCUCCUCUUCCUCCGUCCUCCUCGCUCUCCUUCUCCCCCGCACUUCCCCCCCCCUCUCCUCCCCCAUUCGUCCUCCUUGCAGGCUCCUCCUGCUCCUCUCCCUCUCCCUCGAGUGGCGUUCGAAUCCACCAUCCUUCUGUUCAUGGCUGCCCCGACUCAUGGCCGCGGCGCUGGGAUAACCAUCGCGACGGUCCCGUCCGCUUACUCAGCUCUGCUCUACUGAGUUCGACUGCCGCACAGGACUGUGAGCCCGAGGCUUUAGCAGCGCGCAUCAUAAUAGGAUGUGGGGUGGAGGGGUGCGCAGCGCUUCAAAUGCACAAUGCUGCCAUUACUGGAAGGCUUGGAACCUGCAGUUAGCUCAGGUCCAGUGAAGCCCGCCAGGCAUCUCAUCAGAGAUUGGCGGGCGCUGGACACAUUUUUCACGAAGCGUUGACUGGCGUCAGGAAGUCCAGUGCCUCAAGUGCAGAAGCGUAGAUCGCGACUGUCAGAGGAUACUUGGUUCAGUUCUGAGCUGGUCCAUCGCAGUGACCUCUGCCAAGAGCAUGGGCUAGAUCUUUGGAAUUUUGUAUAUUAUUAUAGUCGUAACUGGAGCGUGUACGUUGCAAGGUCUACCCGCGCACGGCGGAAA